AUGAGCUCAAGCAGUUCUCGAGAGGCACAUCCGCUACCGUCGUCUUACAACCCUGGUGCACAAGACGAAGCUAUAGGAACCGUGAAGUGGAUCCAGGAGCAGCAACGACUACGGGAGGAUAGAUGGGAGGCUAAGAGGUUGGCCAGGAGGGCGAAUCCUCACCGCAAGCCCUCAAUUGAUGAAAUGCUGAAGCGACUGGCGCAGGACCACCAAAGGCAGGGCUUACAGGAUCCCGAUCUGUUGGCGGGAAAUAGUGGUGCUCCAUUGCAGGGUAUGGUGCAUCUUGGCAUGCCAGACCCUGUGCUUUCGAGCAGCCAGAUGGCUGAUUCGAGGACUAUGAUGAUGAUCCAGCAGCAGAUGGGUAUACCUGGUGCAUUCCCUGGUGGUGUGCAGCCUGGUAGGCCGGUUGGUAUGCCGCCUGGUAUGCAACCUGGUAUGAAUGGCAUGAGUCGCAGUCCGUCAUAUGGAGGAUCACGGGUCGGCUAUGGCGCCGGCGGUGCAGGAUCCUGGCUCUUCUACAAGGUCUCGCCUCUAUGCUUGAAGGUACAGCUGCGGGCGCCACUCAUUAAUAGUAUGCCUUUGAAGUCCACGGAAUUCUUGAAAAUUAAGUUCCCAGAGCUACUUUCACAUCAGAGGAUCAUGAGCACUAGCACCAACGACAGGAUCUGGCAGCUCUGUCAGGCCAGUAUUGACCAUGCCAUUGACUUUCGUCAAUACUGCUCACAAGCUGCAUGCAGCAUUGGCAUCGCUGCUCUUCGCUGA